AUGGCUCAUUCCAACCCAAUUAUUCCUGGAUUCUCUCCAGAUCCUUCAAUCUGCUUGAUUGAUGGAACCUUCUUUCUGGUCAAUUCGAGCUUUCAUCUCUUCCCUGGGCUGCCCGUCUAUAUGUCAAACGAUCUGGUCUCAUGGACACAUAUUGGAAAUGCCAUCAGUAGACGCUCUCAGCUGUCGUUAACGCGAGCAACCACAUUCCUCGACCCGUGGGACGAUGGGACAACAUUGGUCGCCACCGGAGGUCUGUACGCGCCCACAAUCCGACAUCACAACGGAACUACUUAUAUCAUAUGUACCAAUGUGAUCCACGGGGCUUCAAAUUUGCCGGGCGAUGAGCGCAACGAGCAAUUCAUCAUUCACACUUCCGACAUCCGAUCGGGCAACUGGUCAGAUCCCAUCGUAUUCGACGAGCCAGGAAUCGAUCCAUCUCUCCUGUUUGACGAUCAUCGCGUCUAUGUUCAACUAUGCAAAGUUGGCCCCGAGUUUCAAAUUUUCAACAUGGAAAUUGAUCUCGAUUCCGGCACGGAUGGAGAAGGGGGGUUUACAGAAGGCCCACAUAUCUACAAAAAGGAUGGCUGGUACUAUCUGCUGUGUGCCGAGGGGGGUACAUUCCAGAACCACAUGCUUAGCAUUGCACGAUCACGAGAUGUCUGGGGGCCAUACGAACACUGUCCGGGAAACCCGUUGUACACUGCCAGUGGUACCGAUCGAUACACCCAGAACACUGGGCAUGGAGACAUCUUCCAAGACCAAGCGGGUAAAUGGUGGGUGGUUCUGUUGGGCAUCCGGUUGAAAGAGGGACGAUCUUUCAUGGGCCGUGAAACCUUUUUGGCAGCUGUUGAUUGGCCUGACAACGAGUGGCCGGUGGUGCAGGCCCCGAAUCAGAGUGAAGACUCGGAAACACGACCUAUCUUGCUCGAGAAUCAGGAGUCAGCAGUACACUGGGUAUAUCUGAGAGACGCGAAGAUGGAACGAUACCACAUCAACGGCAGUAGUGUAACUUUGCAAGCUGAUACAGUGGAUCUCACGAGUGCGGACAUGUCCGUUGCUUUCGUCGGCCAGCGACAGCGAAAGCUUCAUGGCACUGCGACAGUGAAGCUGUAUCGUCCGCUGAGUGCCACUUCCCUCCAGGCCGGACUAUGUCUUUACAAGGAUGAACACCGAUUCUUGGCAAUUGAUUACAAUUUCGGUGUGCAGCAAGUGCACUUGGAAGCUCUCAAUCGGGCCAAGUCAAUUUCGCACAAACAGAGUCACGAUGUCUCGUUUCAAAGUCUCAUGUCGUUCAAGAUUGAUUACACCGAGACUUCGCUGAAAUUCUCCUUCUGCGCAGAUCAAGGCGAUUGGCAGUUCGCAUCGGAAUUUGACACUUCUGACUGGACGGACAACGAUUUCACUGGUCCAGUCAUUGGAGUCUUUGGUAUUGGGAACAAUGUUAUGGUAGACUUUGGGGGCUUUGAAAUCGAUUCCUAA